AUGGCUUCCUCUUUCAACGAAACAUCCACUGACACGAAAACCAAGCGUGACUACGAGAGCACCAUGAUGGGAGUAGAUGGCGAGAAACUCGCCGUCGAAGAAAUGAAUGGGAGGGAACGACAGAUUGAAGAGCAUGGAAUCCAGAAAUUCAACCGCUUAGGUUGGAAGCGACUGACCAUCGUGCUCGUCGCCGAAGCGGUCGCAUUGGGCACCCUCUCUAUCCCGUCCACCUUUGCUACCCUCGGUAUGGUUGGAGGUGUGAUCACCUGCAUUGGAAUCGGUUUCAUCGCCAUCUACACCAGUUACAUCGUGGGUCGUGUGAAAGUGUUAAAUCCACACAUCACCAACUUCCCCGAUGCCGCCCAACUGUUGUUCAGCAAAUUCGGUUGCGGUCGAUUUGGAUACGAGCUUGUCACUGUCAUGCUUGGCCUCUUGCUGGUGUUCCUAGGAGCAUCGCAUUGCCUUACGGGCACAAUUGCCUUCGAAACCAUCACCGAAAGCAACACGUGCUCAAUCGUAUUCGCCGUUGUUUCCGCCAUCAUCCUGUUCCUCCUUGCUAUCCCACCUAGCUUUACCGAAGUCGCCAUUCUCGGUUACGUGGAUUUUGCUUCAAUUCUGAUCGCAGUUGCAAUCACGAUCAUCGGCACUGGUGUCGAAGCGACAAAAUCCCCAGGUCUCAGCAACGUCAAUUGGUCUGCGUGGCCGAAAGAAAACAUUACCUUCUCCGAGGCUUUCAUCGCUGGUACGAAUAUUGCCUUCGCCUACACCAUCACGCUUUGCCAAAUUUCAUUCAUGGAUGAGAUGCACACCCCUUCCGAUUACAUGAAAUCCAUCUGGUCCUUGGGAUUCAUUGAAAUCAUCGUUUACACCCUGACCGGUGCCCUGGUGUACGCUUUCGUUGGCCAGGACGUCAAGAGCCCGGCUCUUCUAUCCGCAGGCCACUUCCUUAGCCGCCUGGUCUUCGGAAUCGCCCUCCCGGUCAUUUUCAUCAGCGGUUCGAUCAACAUUGUUGUUUUCGGGCGGAUGGUUCACGGGCGGAUAUUCAAAAACUCCUACAUCCGAUUCAUCAACACACCUGUCGGUUGGAUUACUUGGCUUUCCAUUAUCCUGGUUACCGUCAUCGUUGCCUUCAUCAUCGCCGAGGUCAUUCCCUUCUUCAGUGACUUGCUUUCUCUCAUGUCGGCUCUGUUCAUCUCCGGCUUCACCUUCUAUUUCCCCGCUAUGAUGUGGUUCUUCCUUUUGCGAGAGGGUCCCAUCACAACACCCAGGAAUAUCGCUCUGGCGAUUCUGAAUGGGAUCAUCUUUUUGCUCGGACUCUUGAUCCUGGUCGCUGGCACCUACACCUCCGUUCAAGAUAUCGUAAACUCCAUGUCAGACUCGCCGGUUAAGAAAGCAUGUGAUGCCUGUCGCCGACGCAAGGUCAAGUGCAUCUCCCCACGUCCUUGUAAGCAAUGUCAGUCUGCCGGCUUAGUCUGCCGAACGUCGAUACAACGACAGAGGAAAGGUCGACAGGGUCAGACUGCCAACAUUUUGACCGAGCUCCGAUCAAAAGAGAAUGAACAAGUUCCCACGCGGGAAACAAAUAUUUCUUCGCCUUUUGCGGUUCCAAGACUUGAGAGCUUAACAACGCCCCAGUCACCGCAGGUCUCGGGCAGAUGCCAAUUUUCGCGAGCUCCGGGACUUCUGAGUCAUGGUCUUAUCGAUGCUUGUUCGGAAUACUUCUUCUCGCGCAUGCGUGGGACAGUGCCGAUCUUACAACCCAAUGAGUUUCGGAAGCACAUAGAUCUUGCUGGUACGUGUCUCCAUGCAUAUUGCUUGGUCACUGCUUUAUGUGCCUUUGUGGUUACACAAACUGGAUUCGCGGUAGAGCAUGAUGCUUCGGAUCACUUUGUGAACUUCUCGCUUGAGGAAUUCCGGGCCUCCUUGAUCACAGAAGCUACCGAGGCUCGAAAACACAUUGAUCCAGUCACGGAUCCUGUACGCCAAAGCAUUAUCAUCGCAUUUCUUCUCUAUGGAUGCCAUAUCGGGCUUGGGAAUCAAAGACAUGCUUAUUACUUUCUUCGGGAGGCGACAACCCUCUAUACUGCAAGUGCUCUGGACGACCAACCAUCUUCAAGGCAAGCAGACGAUGACCCUUUCGAAGAAGGAAAAUUGUUCUGGUUGCUAGUAAUAUCAGAGAGAGCCCAUGCUAUCAGACGGCAUAGACCUAUCACCCUCCAAGUGACCACCGAAAGCCCUCGAUUGGAAGACGAUCCCGAUUCGCCCACAUCAAAUGCCGGCUUUCUGUGUUUAGUUGAUCUUUAUCGUCCAUUCGACGAAACCUUCCUUGCUCAAUGGAAUGGGACAAAUGCAACAUGCUCGAUUGAGUCGCUAGUCCAACUCCAGGAGCGUAUCCAAAAUGCAGUUCCCGUCGAUCUUGAUUUGCCCGAUAUACUCAUGGCCGACUUGCGCGUAUCUCAACAAUGGCUUCGGAUCAUGAUCUGGCAACUUUCGACCACGGCAGGCUUUUUGUCAACAAGCCCUGCCCAUGCAUGCAUGGAUUUUCGCCACCCUCUACAGAUCGCGGAAGAUUUGUGUCUCGCGACAUGGAAGUUAUCAAAACAGAGCAUGGAAACUCAUGGUAUCGGACUGAUUGAAAAAUUAUUCGAAGUAGCGUGCACCUUGGUCGAUGUUAUGGCCUGCCUCUCGGUAGCAGGUCUCCGCUCCUCUGGUUUCAAGCUUGGCCCACAAGACUAUCUCAAGCACCUAUGUACUCUCAUACAUGACCUUCCAGGGGGGCGGCGAAGAUACCUGCCACUUUUGCUGACCAAGAUACGCCAGACUCUCCCUUCGAUGAUGGAGCCAAUAACGAUUCAUCUCAAUCUCCAACCUUAUCCAGUGGCUACCAGCUCCAUAGCUGGUAGGGAAACUUUGUCGCCCGUGGUCUCCGAUCGAAUCUCGCUACGGGGGAGUCUACCGGGAUCUACUUCAGCUGAUAUGCAUCCAGGGUCAGCUCCUGGGAAUUGGAUAAACGGCAACUUCAACUAUGCAGAGAUGAGCCGUAUAGGUGACAAGACACCGGAGAUCGAUGAGGCAUUUCUUCAGUACACCAGCUACUUCCCCUGA